CCUUAACCCCAGCGCAGACAGCAGAGAGGGUUCCGCUGUUUUGCUUCUCCGGUGGACAGCUGCUGCACGGGAAAAUGUCUCGGGCUGCCGACAGACUCCGAAUGGUGAUCGAUCAUCUGGAUCGAUCGGCGGCUUCGAUCAGAUCCUCGCCAACAUCUGGGCAGACCUUCUCCCACAGUGCCCCUCACAAACUGAGAUACUCUUUUGAUACGGGCGUGUUGACCCCAGAGCAGCGGCUCUUCUAUGAGGAAAACGGCUUCCUUCUCAUCAGGAACCUGGUGUCGGAGGCGGACAUCAACGCCUUCAGGAAGGAGUUUGAACGGAUCUGCCGGCAGGAGGUGAACGUCCCGGGCCUGGUAGUGAUGAGGGACGUGGCGAUCGCCAGGUCCGAGUUCGUCCCGGAUCAGCGAGCGGUGUCCAAACUCCAGGACUUUCAGGAGAACCCUGAACUGUUCCGCUACUGUGCUUUGCCUCAGAUCCUGAAGUACGUGGAGUGUUUCACCGGACCGAACAUCAUGGCCAUGCACACCAUGCUGAUCAACAAGCCUCCCGACGCAGGUAAGAGGACGUCCCGCCACCCCAUGCACCAGGAUCUGCAUUAUUUCCCCUUCCGGCCGACGGACCGCAUCGUCUGCGCGUGGACUGCCAUGGAGAGGGUGAACAGGCAGAACGGCUGCCUCGUAGUCCUGCCGGGGACGCACAAGGGCACCCUGAAGGAGCACGACUACCCGGACUGGGAGGGCGGGGUGAACAAAAUGUACCACGGGGUGCGGGACUACGACCCCGACCACCCCAGGGUGUACGUGGAGAUGGAAAAGGGCGACACGGUCUUCUUCCACCCGCUGCUCAUCCACGGCUCCGGCAUGAACCAGACGCAGGGCUUCCGCAAGGCCAUCUCCUGCCACUACGCCAGCAGUGAUUGUUAUUACAUCGACGUGAGGGGAACCACGCAGGAGAACAUUGAGAACGAGGUGAAAGAGCUCGCGGAGAAGAAGUACGGAAUAAACGACGUGGCCUUCAAGGAUACCUGGGCCUUCAGGGGUCGCCUGGUGCAGGGAGAGAGGACUACACUCUGAGGACUCAUCGAGUGCACCAGGACAAAACAGCUAAAUGAAAUAAUAAAAAAACUAAUUUACUAAGCUCCUUUGGCAAAAUGGGAAGUAAAAGGAUGAUAUUCAAACAAUGAAUUGUAAGCUUGGACAGACGAUAAUGGGUUAACAAGGAGAGAAUGGAUGUGUGAGAAGGAGUCAGACUGAGGUUGAAAGGAAGGAAACAAUGUAAUCAGUGUUGAGAGAAAUGAUGCCUGUAGCACUUUACACCAAUGGAGGCCUUGAUCUUACAGCAGCCUGCCGUUUAGCAUUAUUAUAUUACUAACCUGCAAACUGUUAUUUGUGGAGUGAUUAAUAGUUUUCAAUCUUGAACUAAUUUAUGGUGACUAAGAAUAAACUGAAAAACAACCGGUA